CUUUCCAUCGUGAUGACAUUACCCUGGGGAAGAGAAGCAGAGCAGAGCUUCUUACUCUCGGGAAAGCCUCUUCUCCGCCAAGACCAUGAAGCUCUGUGUGGCUGUCUUCUCUCUCCUUGUGCUAGUGGCUGCCUUCUGCUCUCCGGCGCUCUCAGCACCAAUGGGCUCAGACCCUCCCACUGCCUGCUGCUUCACUUAUAUCCCACAGAAACUUCCUUGCAACUUUGUGAUGGAUUACUAUGAGACCAGUAGCCUUUGCUGCCAGCUUACCAUGGUAUAAGUAUCAUGCCCUGGGCUGCUUUGGGAUGCAAGAGCAAGGGCAGGAGUAGAUAAGGGGACUUUUUGGG